CAUUUCACCACAACACACUGCAAAAAUCAGCACAGUACUACUCGUUUGCGUUUUCUUCCUUUUUGCCCUUCUUUUCAUCACCUUUAACCUUCAAACCAGAAAUAUGGCGUCGCCAUCUCUUUCCUUCCGUCCCAACCCUUACUCCUCUGAGUUCAUUCCCAUUCCCAUUUCCUCUGAGUACGUGGUUUCCAACCCUCUCUUACCCAAGAAGAAGGCGUCUGACGCAUCGUCAUCUACUGCUUUGGUGGCGCCUUCUCUCUCUGAGAUGAUGAGUACACUCAAUCACUCACUCUCGGACUUAGGGUUUCCCAUCCUAUCAACCGGAAGCUUCCACGUGGCGGUGGACUGGAAGGAAACUUCUGUUACACACGUCAUCAAGGCGGCGGUUCCUGGGUUUACGAAGGAGCAAGUGAAGAUCGAAAUGGAAGACGAUGGUCGCGUGCUGAUAAUCUCCGGAGAGAAGAAGGCCGAGAAGAAGGACCAACAGGAGGGUGAGAAGGUGAUGCUUGCUGAAAUGGGUUCUGGAAAAUUCUGUCGUAAGUUCAACCUUCCCGAGAAUGCUAAGGUGGAUGAGAUCGACGCUACUAUUAAGGAUGGUGUUCUCACUGUCACUAUUCCCAAGGUUGAAGUUCCUAAGAAGAAUCUCAAGUCCAUUAAGAUUUCUGCUGCUUGAUAUGGGUUCGUCCAUUGUUUUCAUUUUCUGGGUAUUGAUGGUUUCUUUACAGGGCUCUGGGUUUUAUGAUGGUUAUAGUUUUUGGGUUUUAAGAUGGUUUAUGGUGAUCCUUUCCAAGGUUUUGGUAGUAGUAUAAGGAAGAAGGCUAGAUGCCAUUGUCAAAACAAGAAGGCUAGAUGCCAAAUGGUAGCAAGUGUUUGAUGUAAUUACGGUGUUACUCCGUAUCAUCAUUUUGUGAAUAUAAUGAAAGUUGGGUUAAAUUUGCAGUGCCA